UAACCUUUUCCUGUGAGUCAUGAUGAUGUCUUUUUAAUGGAAUACAUAGAUGUUUGUGACACUGGGCUGUAUCCCUGAUAGUGUUUCUUGCAUAUACCUAUAUUACAUUCGUUUUAGACGUUUAGGUCCUGUCUAUGGUUUAUGAAGGGCAUCUGGUGUUAUUCAUAUCUCCAUUUUGAAGUGGUGCCCUUCAGUUUCUUUUUUCUCCAAAUAGUUUCAUGGAGGAAUCUUGUGAUGAUUUGAGAAUUUUAAAUGCUGUGCAGUGUAGACUGCAAACAGUGAAACAAAUAGGAUACUCUGCACACUUGCAUUGCCAGAGUGAGGUUUCUCAUUUAAGGGAUGGAGCUGAAUCAUGAACUUCCUAGAGCUAUUCUUAAUGCGAUAACAUUUGAUCUCAUGACUAGUACAGAUAUGGAAAAGUUGAGCAGCAUAAGCAUAACAGAAGUGAGUGAUGUCACUAGUCCCAAGUUAGGACUACCAAAUGGUUCGUCGCAGUGUGAGACUUGUGGAUCACAAAGUGAACGUGACUGUGAUGGGCAUUUUGGUGUGACUAAGCUGGCGGCAACGGUGCACAACCCAUACUUUAUCGAUGAAGUUGUUCACUUUCUAAAUCAAAUAUGUCCUGGCUGUCUCAAUCUAAGGGAAAACAUAGAUUUGAAGACAUUGGAGAGAGAAACGGUUCGAGCAACAUGCAAAUAUUGCUCGAAGGAUGGUUCUAAACUUUACCCUAGUGUAAUCUUUAAGACGCUGUCAAGUCCAAGAGUAUUAUUAUCCAAGAGUAAACUUCACAGAAGCCCAAGCGUGAUGGAAAGGAUUUCAAUUGUUGCAGAAGCUAUUGAUAGAGGGUCUAAUAAAUCCAAGGGUAAAGGUUCGCUUGAAGGCCUCCCCCAGGAUUAUUGGGAUUUUGUACCUUCUGAGAAUCAGCAAUUACAGUCCACUAUGACCAAGAUAAUAUUAUCACCCUACCAAGUCUUUCACAUGUUGAAGAAAAGUGACCCUGAACUUAUCAAACAAUUUGUUUCAAGGCGAGAGCUAUUGUUUCUAUCAUGUUUACCAGUGACUCCUAAUUGCCAUCGUGUUGUAGAGAUUGGAUAUGGGCUUUCAGAUGGGCGGUUAACUUUUGAUGACAGAACAAAGGCUUACAAGAGGAUGGUUGAUGUCAGUAAGAGAAUUGAUGACUACCGCCAACAUCCGCAGUUCAGUGUUCUUGCAAGUUCACUUGUCUCAAGCCGAGUUUCAGAAUGCCUGAAGUCAUCCAAGUUAUACUCUAAAAAGACAGAUGUGGAGACAUCCACAGAUACAUAUGGAAUGAAAUGGCUAAAGGAUGCUGUUCUGAGCAAAAGAUCAGAUAAUGCUUUUCGGAGUAUUAUGGUUGGGGACCCAAAAAUUAGGUUAUGGGAAAUUGGCAUUCCUGAAAAUUUAGCUUCAAACUUGGUUGUUUCUGAGCACGUUAGUUCUUAUAAUUUAGAAAAUAUAAAUUUGAAGUGCAACCUGCACCUUCUAGCCAAGGAAGAACUACUUAUUCGGCGAAAUGGGAAGCUAAUGUUUAUUCGGAAGGCAAACCAGCUAGAAGUUGGUGACAUUGCCUACAGACCAUUGCAGGAUGGUGAUCUUAUUCUCAUCAACAGGCCUCCUUCAGUCCAUCAACACUCACUAAUUGCAUUAUCUACAAAAAUUCUACCAAUUCAGUCUGUCGUAUCAAUCAAUCCACUAUGCUGCAUGCCUUUUUUGGGAGACUUUGAUGGGGAUUGUUUGCAUGGAUAUAUCCCACAAUCUAUUCGAUCAAGAAUUGAGCUUGGAGAGCUGGUAAGCUUACACCAGCAGCUGUUGAAUAUGCAAGAUGGUCGAAGUUUGGUGUCACUAACACAUGACUCUCUAGCUGCUGCACAUUUGUUAACAAGUACAGAUGUUUUUCUGAAGGAAUCUGAAUUACAGCAGCUUCAAAUGCUCUGCCUUUCCGUAUCAACAACACCAGUACCAGCAAUAAUUAAGUCUAUGAACUUUGAAGGUUCUCUGUGGACUGGUAAACAAUUUUUCAGCAUGCUUCUUCCAUCAGGCAUGAAUUUCAGUUGUGAUAGCAAGUUGCACAUCAUAGACAGUGAAGUUCUUACCUGCUCUUCGGGGUCUUCUUGGUUACAAAAUAGCACAACCGGUCUCUUUUCUAUCAUGUUCAAACAGUAUGGUCGCAAGGCACUUGACUUCCUUUCUUCUGCCCAAGAAGUACUAUGUGAGUUCUUAACCAUGAGGGGUUUAAGUGUCUCUCUUUCAGAUCUCUAUAUGUUCUCCGAUCAUUACUCGAGGAGAAAACUGACUCAGGGAGUCAAACUGGCUUUGGAUGAAGCUGAAGAAGCUUUCCGAAUCAAGCAGAUAUUGCUAGAUCCAAUUAACAUACCAGUUCUAAAGUGUCAUGAUGAAACUGAAGAUGUAACUUACAGACAAUCUGAUUAUAUUCAGAGCAAUCUAUCAGUUGUCAGAUCUUCAAUCAUGUCAUUUAAAGAUGUCUUCAAUGAUCUCCUAAAAAUGGUGCAACAUCAUGUUAGCAAUGAUAACUCAAUGAUGGUGAUGAUUAAUGCAGGAAGCAAGGGUAGCAUGUUGAAAUAUGUGCAGCAAACUGCAUGUGUUGGUCUUCAACUUCCAGCAAGCAAAUUUCCCUUCAGAAUUCCUUCCCAACUCUCAUGUGUUAGCUGGAAUAGGCAGAAAUCAUUAAAUUGUGAAGCUGAGAGUACCAGUGAGCAUGUGGAAGGUCAAAACCUUUAUGCUGUAAUCAGGAAUUCCUUCAUUGAGGGUUUAAAUCCAUUGGAGUGUCUUCUGCAUGCUAUAUCUGGCAGGGCAAACUUCUUCAGUGAGCAUGCUGAUGUGCCUGGGACACUAACGAGAAAAUUAAUGUAUCACUUGAGAGAUCUACACGUUGCUUAUGAUGGAACCGUUAGAAGUUCUUACGGGCAGCACAUAAUGCAAUUCUCUUAUGAUACUGCUGAUGAUAUGUGCUGUAAUCAUGAUCUGGUAGGUGAACUUGGUGCCCCUGUUGGUUCUUGGGCCGCUUGUUCCAUUUCAGAAGCUGCAUAUGGAGCUUUGGAUCACCCUGUUAAUGGUUUAGAGGACUCCCCUCUCAUGAAUCUACAAGAAGUAUUUAAAUGUCACAAGGCUACAAAUUCUGGGGAUCAUGUUGGUUUGCUUUUCCUGUCAAAGCAUUUGAAGAAGUAUAGAUACAGUCUGGAAUAUGCAUCCCUAGAAGUUAAAAACCAUCUCGAGCGAGUAAACUUCUCUGAUUUGGUUGAAACCAUCAUGAUUAUAUAUGAUGGAUGUGACAAAACAAGAAAAGGAGGACCUUGGACCACCCAUUUUCAUAUAAGCAAGGAAAUGAUGAAGAAAAAAAGGUUAGGAUUGGGAUUUGUUGUAGAAGAGCUUACAAAAGAAUACGACGCCACCAGAAACCAGCUAAACAAUGCAAUCCCAUCAGUUCAUAUUUCAAAGAGAAAAUGUUCAGUAGGUGACCAGUGUGUUCAAAAUUCAGCUUGCUGUAUCACAUUGGUAGCACAAGCUGAAUCCAAUUCCAUGUCUCAGUUGGACACUAUCAAGAAAAGAGUGAUUCCAAGCAUACUGGACACACUGCUGAAAGGUUUUUUGGAAUUUAAGGAUGUUGAGAUCCAGUGUCGACAUGAUGGUGAACUUCUUGUGAAAGUUGGUAUGUCUGAGCAUUGCAAGGCUGGGAGGUUCUGGGCUACUCUGCAAAAUGCUUGCAUUCCAGUAAUGGAGUUAAUUGACUGGGAGCAGAGUCAACCAAAGAAUGUAUAUGAUAUUUUCUGUUCAUAUGGAAUAGACUCAGCAUGGAAAUGCUUUGUUGAAUCUUUAAAAUCAGUAACUUCUGAUAUUGGAAGGAAUGUUCGUCGGGAGCACUUACUAAUUGUUGCAGAUAGCCUGUCUGUAACUGGGCAGUUCCAGGCGUUAAGCAGUCAAGGUUUAAACCAGCAGCGCUCUCGGUUAUCAAUCUCAUCCCCAUUUUCUGAAGCAUGUUUUUCUAGGCCUGCACGAAGUUUUAUAAAUGCUGCAAAGCAUUGUUCAGUGGACAAUCUGUGUGGAAGUCUAGAUGCAAUUGCUUGGGGCAAAGAGCCUUUCAAUGGGACGUCAGGGCCUUUUGAAAUUAUGCAUGCGGGAAAGCCACAUGAACCAGAACAAAAUGAGAGCAUCUAUGAUUUCUUACGCAGCCCUGAAGUUCGGAAUUUUGAAAAGGAUCAUAUGGAUACCUGCAGACAAAGUACUGAAAAUGCUUUGAGAUGUAGGUUAGCAUGCAAGUCUAAAGACAGUGCGACCGUCCAAGGUGGCGCCAUGACUAUCGACCAGGGCUUUCUUCAUGCUAAAGUUGGUAUAUGGGAUAACAUUAUUGAUAUGCGCACUUCCUUGCAGAACAUGCUAAGAGAGUACCCAUUAAAUGGAUUUGUGAAGGAGACAGAUAAAUCACAAUUAGUCGAGGCCCUGAAAUUUCAUCCCAAUGGAGCUCAAAAAAUCGGUGUUGGAGUAAGAGAAAUCAAGAUCGGAUUGAAUCCUAGUCACCCAGGUACAAGAUGCUUCAUUUUACUGCGGAAAGAUGGUACAACUGAAGACUUUUCUUAUAACAAGUGUGUUCAGGGUGCUGCAAACUCUAUCUCACCUCAACUCGGAAGUUAUUUUGAGAAGAAACUACAUCGUAGAGCAUAAGUUGUCACACUAGUUGGCACUUGGUAGUGCUCCUGGCAUUUAUCUUGUCCUGAUCAGGCUAUAUGACGAACUUCUGAUGAAGAAUGAAUCAGAUGAAGGAUGGUAACAAAGAAUGAAUCAGCUUAGAUCUUGUGCCUCUUCCUGGCAUGUAUUCAAAGGAUGGAAGCUCAGAAGGUCUUCAGGAUUGGGAUGAAUGUCAACUCAACUCAACUCAAUGGACAAUGGGACUAAGGAAGGCAGGCCUGAAAAGUCUUGACUUCCAUGCCUCCAUUUCCGUAGUCUGUAUUAUACUACUUGUACGUGUUGUGAGCAUAUUAUGUCUCUAGAAUGUGGUGAAAGUCAUUUAUUUUGUUUCCGAGAACUGUUGGUGGCACGACAUGCAAUAGGCGCUGCCAUCAUCAUCCUUACCAUUUGCACCCCCAGGCAUGCUACUGUAAUAAUCACGAAUGCUUAAUGUUGCUUCAAUUAAGGUUUCUGGCAAACCUAACCUGGAUUGGUGACGCGCGCAUGCGCUGUUGCACAACUUGCUGAUUUGCGGUAUAUGACUAAUGCAUUUGUUGGUUCA